AUGCAAGUUAUGCGGGCAGCCUACAUCCCUGUAAGAGGCACUCGGGGCCUGCCGUGGCGCCCACUGGGGCCCGGGUCUUGUGUCACGUGCUGCCCCAGUUUCCCUUUCUAUUCGUACUGCCAGCCCCCUGGGGGAGUUGCCAACGGGAAUGCUUCGGCAGCUCGCACCGCCCCCGGUCCAUCCUCCGACCCUGGCUGGGGCAACUCACCGGCCACUGCGGCCGCCCCACGGGAAGAGCCGCUGCAGCCACCCCCACGUGUCCUCAGUUCGGGGGCGACGAGCGCUGGCACGUGUGACGUCACGCUUAUUUUGAACAAUCGAUGGGAUGCCUCGGCUUCAGAACCUGAAUUUUUGGAUGAGGUAAGGGGACAACAUAUGGAACGAACAGUUGAUUUUCUUGUGAGAGAGCUGAAAGUUUGUUCCCAGAAGGAAGCUAAUGAGAGGAUUUUUGUGUUCGCUAAAGAGGUCUUACUAGCAAGGCUGAUGGAACAGAAGGGACAACCUGCUCAUGUUGGUGCUCUGGCAGAAGGAUUUCCUACGCGAUACUUAGAAUUUCAGAAUUUUGAACGAAAGUUUGAAGAAUGCAUUUCUAAAAGUGCAGUGAAAACAAAAUUUGCACAGCACUCCCAAAGAGGAAAGCUUAUUGCUUCAGAGAUACACACAGUAAUUGAUGGCGUCUACGAGCGUGCUGAGCAGUUGAAAUCUGAAAAAGCUCUGGCAAAAAAGGAACUUUGCGACAGGCUUAACUACACGGAACAGCAGCUGCGAAUGAUUACUCAGGAAAUGAAGGAAAAAAUAUACCAGAUGGUUGAAGAUGUAGAGCAAAUGGUCUCAAAAGCACUCAGUGAGGAAAUUCGUCGUUUGUCUGUCCUUGUGGAUGAGUUCACCUUACCAUUUCAUCCAGAACAAUUGGUUCUCAAUGUGUACAACAAAGAACUGCACGCUCAUGUGGAAAAUGGACUAAGUAACAAUCUUCGUGCACGGCUUUCUACAGCACUGGCCAUGAACAUUGAGAACAGUCAACGAGAAAUGACAGAAAGAAUGUCAUCGCUCCUUCCUCCAGAGAAAAAACAAGUAUCAUUAAGUGUCCUACCCCGUAGGAAACCUUUUGAGAUACUGUAUCGACUCAAUUGUGAUAACCUGUGUGCAGAUUUUCAUGAACAUCUGGAAUUUCGGUUUUCAUGAGGCACUACAGCAUUGAUAAAUAGAUUCACUGCCAAACAAGGACAUCGAAUUGCAUUACACAAUUAUGCUCACAUGGUACCUCGUGACAUUCUUUCUCCGUCAGAGACCUUGGAUGUUGCACAGAUAAAAUUUACUACUAACCAACCAAGCGAUGAUUGGUCUAUACCAUCUAGGUUACUGAUGUCAUCCAUUGGUUCACAAGACACUAUGGGUGGGCUUCUGGUUGCUGGGUUUUUACUGAAGACUGUAGGCUGCCGACUUAUACUGGUGAUGGGAGCAGUGUAUGGUUGCCUGUGCUUAUAUGAAAGAUUGACAUGGUCCAACAAAGCAAAAGAGCGUGCAUUCAAAAGGCAGUAUGUUGCACAUGCUACAAAGAAACUCCGGCUUAUUGUUGAUUUGACUUCUGCCAACUGCAGUCACCAAGUACAACAGGAGCUUUCAAGCACAUUUGCUCGUCUUUGUCACCUAGUGGAUGAGGCAUCAACUGACAUGGAUGAGGCCAUAAAGUCACUUGAGAAAGAGCUCAGGACUUUUGAGGAGGCAGCUGCAUAUGCUAAGAGUUUGCGUAAUAAAGCGAACUACCUUGCACAAGAGCUAGCUAUGUUUGAAGAGACUUACCUGCAGUGUGAUAAUUAAUAGCUUAUUAUUACUUAGACACUUGUAUAAAUGUGCAGUCAACUGCAUGAAACACUCACUACCAAUCG